CAUGGAGAUAGAAACACACCUGGGGCAGGGGGCCGCUGCUCUGCCUGGGUCCACAACUGGGCCAUCCGGAGACAUAUCCGUGACCACCUCCCCAUCUCGCUGGUUAAAACCGCAGAUCCAGAUCCCUCCUGGAACUACCUCUUUGGCUUCCACCCUCACGGGGUCCUGGUCAGCGGGGCCUGCAGCAACUUCUGCACAGAGGCCACUGGCUUCUCCCACCUCUUCCCUCACCUCCAGCCCCACCUGCUCACGCUGCCCUGUUGGUUCCAGCUCCCUGUCUUCCGGGACUACAUCAUGUGUGCUGGAUCAGUGCCCUCGGACAAGGCCAGCGCCUCCUAUCUCUUGUCCCUGCCCGGGGGCCUCCUGGCCGUGGGAGGGCCCCUGGAGGCGUGGGAGGCAAAGCCCGGAGCGCUGAGCUUGCGAAUCCGGAAUCAGAAGAGAUUUGUCAAGUUGGCGCUGGAAGAGGGGGCCUCCCUGGUGCCAGCCUUCUCUUUCGGAGAGAACUAGCUCAUCCAGCAGUUUCCGAACCCGCCGGGCUCAUGGGUGCGAAGGACACAGGAAGCGCUGCAGCCACUGCUGAGAAUGGCCCUGCCGCUGUUCCACGGCCCCCGGGGCCUCCUCCUGCCCUUCCGCACGCCCAUCCACACCGUCGGCGAGCCCCGGCCUCUACCCGCUCCGCUAUCCGGCCCGCCCACCUGCUUCUCCCGGGCUGAAGGCCCCUGCACCCUUCCCGCGCCGGAGGUGAAGGUCCCCCCUGUUGGGGCGUGAAAUCCUGGAUUCCGGCCACGCCUCCAGGCUGCCUUUGGCAACCGCGCCAGCCCUGAACUCUGUCCCAGUUAAUCGCGGCGAGCGAGAAGGUGACCUGCGGGCGGCUGCUAGCGACCAUCCCUCUGGCCUCCUGUUCCGCCCACAGUGGGGGCCCCAAUCCCGGCGCAGCGAAACCCGCGGCCCAGCCGGGCGCAGGUGGACGCGCAGCACGAGGUCUACUUGGAGCGGCUCAAGCAGCUGUUGA